AUGAUGAGGGAAUUCUCGCCCACAAAAAAGCUGAAGAAAAAACUCAAGAAAAUACGACAGAAGAACACUGAAGAACAAGGUAACAUUGAAGAUGUGGUGUCGCAUUGUCCCGACGAGUCGCAGCCUGGAACGAGUAUCUCAUUGUCUGGAAAAUUCGAGGACUUACCAAUAUCGGAGCCUAUUAAGCGUGCUAUCAAAGAAAUGGGCUUCACACAUAUGACUGAUAUCCAAGAUAAGUGCAUUCCACAGCUGCUUGAGCACAGGGACUUAAUGGCAUGCGCUAAGACUGGGAGUGGUAAAACACUAGCCUUCUUAAUACCUGUUGUUGAACUGAUGUUAAAUUUGGGUCUACAGCCUCGAAAUGGUACUGGUGCUAUCAUCAUUUCACCUACUCGUGAACUUAGCCUUCAGACUUAUGGUGUGCUAGGAGAACUAAUCCAAUUCACUAAUUUACGUAUUGGUUUAAUCAUGGGUGGCAGCAACCGACAAACGGAAGCCCAAAAUCUUGAAAAGGGUGUAACGAUCCUCGUUGCAACGCCAGGAAGAUUGCUUGAUCAUUUGUCAAACACAAAAUUCUUCCUCCGUCAUAACCUCAAAGCACUUGUAAUCGAUGAAGCUGACCGUUUGUUGGACAUAGGUUUUGAAGUGGAAAUGCGACAAAUUAUAAAACUUCUCCCGACGGUGCGUCAAACAAUGCUGUUUUCUGCUACCUUAAAUGAAAAAACCAAAAAUUUAGCUAACGCUGCACUUAAAGCCUCCUGUGUUAUGGUUGGAUCAGUUCCGGAUAAUGAAGCAACAGUUGAGGGUUUGGAACAAGGUUAUGUAGUUUGCCCUCCUGAUAGGCGUUUUUGCCUACUGUAUACUUUCCUAAAGAAAAACAGAAGUAAAAAGAUUAUGGUUUUUAUGGCUUCGUGUAUGGAGGUCAAAUUUUACUACGAGUUGCUGAACUUUGUGGAUACUCCUGUCCUAGCCAUACAUGGGCGACAAAAACAAGCUAAAAGGACAAGCACGUUUCUUCAGUUUGUAAAAGCUGAAUCUGCUGUUCUUUUAUGCACUGAUGUAGGAGCACGUGGCUUAGAUAUACCGAAGGUUGACUGGAUUUUACAAUAUGAUCCACCCGAUGAUGCCAAAGAAUAUAUACAUCGAGUUGGCCGUACAGCUCGGGCAGGUAGUACUGGAAAUGCGUUGUUGGUACUCAGACCUCAUGAAUUAGAGUUCCUAUCAAUUUUAAGGAAAGCUAGAGUUAAAGUUGUGGAGUAUGAAAUAGCCAAUUCAAAAAUGGCGGACGUGCAACCAGCUUUGGAGAAAUUAGUCAAAAACAACUACUUUCUUGCCCUUUCUGCUCAGGAGGCUUUCAAAGGUAUAGUACGUGCUUAUGCUUCGUCUGGUUUAAGCUGUUUUAAUGUAGAUGAACUAGACUUGGCUGCAACAGCAAAAACAUGUGGACUAUCAGUUAUCCCCAAGGUGGAUUUGAAUGUUAAAUCCAAGAGAAUUCGGGAAAUUCCUGGCCAAAAGCGUUAUAAGCCAUUCGGUGUUUCUGAUAAGAAAGCCAAGAAAGCUAAAAUUUAUAAACGAAUAUCUUAA